AUUUUAUUCAUCCAACGGCAUAAACUUCGAGGGUGCAAUUGCGAAUUACCUGUGUCAAAAGCCAGAAGUCUCUUCUUUUAAAACACACCGUUUGAUCAUCCACGGAUGCUACAUAGAGUCUUGCCGCCAUGGCUGCGCCGUGCCGAGCAUCAUCAUCGUCUACAAUGCAUAUUCUCCUUUCUGCAACACGAUCUCUCAACGUCGGCUUCUCAAUUAUACCUGCACAAGCCACCGAGCGAAGAAAAUGAAGCACAACCAUCCCCAACCCCAGAGUUCGAUUCUCAUGCGUACGCGGGAAUUCUCCAGCACUGCACCAAAACCAACGACCCCAACAAUGGAAAAGCCCUGCACUGCCACAUCUUGAAGAGGGGAAACUGUUUGGAUUUGUUUUCUCGCAACAUUUUGCUCAACAUGUACGCGAAAACGGGGUUUCUGCAUGACGCAGUCAGGCUGUUUGAUGAAAUGCCCGAUAGAAACGUGAUAUCCUUUGUUACAGUGGUUCAGGGAUUUAUGGAACACGAAGAGUACAAAAAGGCCAUUGAGUUGUUCUCCAGGUUGCAUAAGGAGGGUCAUGAGCUAAAUGCGUAUGUUUUCACCACGCUUUUGAAGUUGCUUGUGAGCAUGGGCUCGGUGGAUCCGGUGUGGGGCAUACAUGCUUGUGCUCACAAGCUAGGUCACGACUCCAAUGCUUUUGUUGCCACAGCUCUUGUUGAUUGUUAUUCGGUUUGCGGGUGUCCAGGGGCUGCUAAAGAAGUAUUUGAGGGAGUUGUUCACAAGGACAUGGUUUGCUGGACAGGUAUGGUGUCGUGUUAUGCUGAAAAUGAUUGUCAUGAAGAGGCGCUGGACCUCUUUGGCCGAAUGAGGUUCGAAGGCAUGCUGCCGAAUAAUUUCACUUUUGGGAGUGUGAUUAAGGCUUGUGUCGGGCUUAAUGCUGUUGGUUUGGGGAAGAGUGUUCACGGCUUAGUUCUGAAGACUAGUUACGAGCAGGAUGGUUAUGUUGGUGUCUCGUUGCUUGACCUGUACACUAAAUCUGGAGACAUCAGAGAUGCCCGGAAAGUAUUUGAGGAAAUCCCUAAAGACGAUGUUGUCCCCUGGAGCUUCAUGAUUGCCCGCUACUCGCAGAGUGAUUGCUGUGAGGAGGCCUUGAAUAUGUUUUUUCGGAUGAGAAAAACGACAGUAUGGCCUAACCAGUUCACUCUAGCUAGCGUUCUUAAAGCCUGCGCAACUCUUGCAGAACUGGAAUUGGGAAAGCAGAUCCACAGUCACAUUCUCAAAGUCGGUCUCGACAGGAAUGUGUUUGCUUCGAACGCCCUCAUGGACGUGUACGCCAAAUGUGGAAAAAUGGAGGCCUCGAUGGAUUUGUUCACGGAGGCCCGAAAUAUAAACGAGGUCUCGUGGAACACGAUAAUAGUCGGGUACGUCCAGCAUGGCGAUACCGAGAAAGCCUUUACACUCUUCUUGAAUAUGCACGAGGAGGGAGUGAGGGCUUCCGAGGUAACUUACUCCAACUUACUCCGAGCUGCCGCCAGCAUGGCAGCUCUUGAGGCCGGCGUUCAGAUCCAUGCAGUGGCCGUCAAAACCAUGUACGAAGGAGAAGACGUCGUUUGCAACUCACUCAUCGACAUGUACUCGAAAUGCGGGCGAAUAGAAGACGCGCGUCUCGUUUUCGAUUCCAUGGGCGAGCGGCGAGACAUUAUCUCGUGGAACUCGAUUUUGUCGGCGUACGGGACCCACGGCCUCGGAGCCGAGGCUCUGAGAAUAUUCGAGAGCAUGCGCGAAACCGACAUCACGCCUAACGAGAUGACUUUCGUGGCCGUGCUCAAGGCGUGCAGCAAUGCAGGGCUGUUAGAGCAAGGGCAGUCGUAUUUCGCCUCCAUGAGGGAGAAUUACAGGAUCGAGCCUUGCAUGGAGCACUACACGUGCAUGGUGUCGCUUUUCGGUAGGUCGGGUCAUCUCGACAAGGCUGUGAAGACGAUAGAGGAGGUCACAAACGAGCCGCCGAGCGUGAUGAUGUGGCGCGCUUUGCUCGGAGCUUGCGUCGUGCAUAAGAAUGUCGAGAUUGGGAGAUUGGCUGCCGAGCGCGUGCUCGAGAUGGAGCCCUUAGAUGAAUCUGCUCACGUGCUGAUGUCGAAUAUAUACGCGAAUGCCAAGAGUUGGGAGAAUGUGGCUGUUGUGAGGAAAAGUAUGGUGAGGAAAAGGGUGAAGAAAGAGCCGGGGCUUAGUUGGGUAGAGAAUCAAGGGACGAUUCAUUAUUUUGCAGUUGGGGACGAGUCGCAUCCUGAGAUUAAAUUAAUCCGGUGUAUGCUCGAGUGGUUGAACUUGAGGAGCAGUAUUGCUGGGUAUGCUCCUAACUGUGAUGCUAUCUUGCUUGAUGUGGAGGAGGACGAGAAGGCACGUUUAUUGUGGCUGCAUAGUGAGAGGAUAGCUUUGGCGUAUGGUCUGCUUAGGCUGUCUCCUGGGAGUACUAUCCGCAUUAUUAAGAAUCUACGGAUAUGUGCCGACUGCCAUGUGGCGAUUAAGUUUGUGUCUCAGUUGGUGGGUAGAGAAAUCGUCAUUAGGGAUAUAAAUCGGUUUCACCACUUUCGGGAUGGGGUUUGCUCUUGCAAUGAUUACUGGUGAUUCUUUAACAAGUUUGUUCGCAGUGGAUGGAAAAUGGUGUGUACACACACCACUGAUGAGUGGCUCUUCAAGAACUUGCCUUAAAAAAAUUAACAUUGUUGCUCUAUGGUUAUUAAGGAGCAAGCUCUUUUCUCUACCAUCAGAAGGGCGUUCUAAAGUAACAUGGAUCCUAAAAACAACUCUUUUUUACGUGGGCAAGUUGUCAAGACCAAGACGGCUCCAAGCCGCCAACUUCCGCCUCAAUCCGUUCGUGCUUCAUGUGCCAUUGCUAAAAAAGAUAGCAUCAUGCAAAAAUUCAUUUCUCAAGGUAUACGGUGUUUGUCAUCAGUUCACGUUGACUUCUCGCAUAUUUUGUCGAUUUUGAUUUUUUUUUUUCAUGUACAUUCACAUAAGUUCGUCGCGUUAUUUUACCCUCCGUAUCAGUUUUUUGAACUUCUUGGAGGUCUGAUAGACUGAUAGUCUGGUCUUUAUUUAGACAUUUUGGUUGUGUUCUAUAUAUGAUGAUGUAUAACAUGUGGAGAAGGGAAAGAAAUUUAUGCCAAG